ACUAGCUCCUUCAACGUUAUAAAUUAUAUAUUAUAGUUUAAACUAUUCUCAUAACCACAUUAUGAAAUACACACAAACAAGUAAUGCCGUCUUUUCGUCGUCGUCUAAGAAAACUACCUAAAACAACCAGUAUCGAACUCCGUGACAGGCUCCAAAAAGCAAAGUCAAUAGACUUGAGAGAAACGCUCCUGCAAAUCCGUCCUGAUCAUGAAUACAUUACUGGAGUCAAUUCAAAAAACUUGGAAUACUAUCAGGAUAAACUAAGUCCUGUUCUACAUCACUCAUACCAUAGUAACUCGCCGUAUGGACUUCGUCCACCGGUCUCCUUGAAAAACAUUAUUGAUGUUCCUAUAAACACCGUGCUUAAUUUGAAUGUACGACCGGGUGAACCUUAUUUCGUGCUAUGGUUUAAUAUAUCGUCAUAUUUCCCAUUGGUGGCAGCAUGCUUGGGUCCGUUGGCAAACAUGAUCUCAGUGGUGGCCCUUAUUGAACAUUGGACUGUUGAUUCCCAUGAAGUCAAUGCCAUCCGAGCCAUGAAUGGGGUAGCCCUCGGGUUUGGGAUACUAGGCAACAUAUCAUUAUUAAUGAACUUUUCUGGAACAGUGCGAUACUUGAUAAGUCAAUGUGUCUCGAUCUUGUCGUGGUUUUGUGCCUCGAUGAUCUUGAUUGGGGCCGUUGUGGUUACCAACCAUAAUUGCCGAGAAGAGACAGAGAUAUGUAAUGAAACAGAAGGAUUCUUUUAUGUCAUAUUCACAAGCGUGUUUUACUUUUGUUGUUCGUGCAUUUUACUUGUCAAUUUCUUGGGAUAUAAACUUAACAAGUACCCGGCCACAUUCAAUCUCGACCAUAAACAGCGGACCUUGAUGCUUUUCACUAUUUUGUUUGCCAUGUGGUCCGUGGUUGGCUCUGUUUGUAUGACACAUUUAAUAGAAGGAGGAGGGUAUGGUGAGAUGCUCUACUAUUGCAUUGUAUCAUUCUUAACUAUUGGUCUUGGUGACAUUGUGCCGCAGUCUCCCGGAGGUAAAGUCAUGGUACUUGCGCUUUCCUUCGGCGGGGUCAUGCUCAUGGGGUUAAUUGUGGCUACUUUACGACUGGUUAUAAUCUCAUCAGCCGGCCCAGCUGUGUUUUGGCAUAAAAUUGAACUCGAGAGACUCAAACUUGUCCACAAACUAGAGCAAGAGGGCAAGACCCUUACACCCGAAAAGGCAUUCCAUAAAAUGAGAGUCAUACGGCGUCGCGUAAAGGCCCACCAAAUGAACAAGUCACUAUUGAUUACCAUGAUUGUGUUUAUGGGAUUCUGGUUAGUGGGAGCUGCCGUGUUCCAUGCUAUUGAAGGAUGGUCCUAUUUCAACAGUGUGUACUUUUGUUUCUUGUGUCUUUUAACUAUCGGGUAUGGUGAUUUUGCCCCAAAGACAAGUUUGGGACGAGUAUUUUUUGUCAGUUGGGCUAUUGGUGCUGUUCCAUUAAUGACAAUUUUGGUUAGUAAUUUUGGGGAUAAGUUGUAUGAUGCAUUCAAUGGAGUAAGUCAUGCAUUCACCAAAUGGUUGUAUGAAGAAGAUCCUGAGUAUUUGAAGAAACGAACCAAGAAAAAAGACACGAAGGAAUGUGAUUCGAAUAGUACUAGUCCAUCAAGUAGUACUUCGCAAAUUGUCCGUAAUGAAGAAAUGGAAGAAGAUAUUGAAAUAGGAUCAUUAGAAGAAGAGGAGGAGGAAGAAGAGGAAGAGUUGGAAGAACUAGAACACCGAGAAAACCAUACCACGAAAACGUUGACCGCUGACACUGAUCAAUAUAUUCCCCGCGAAUAUACAAUCUCGCGUAUUGAAGAAAAGAAAAUCAUGCAUGAACAACUCCUUCAAUUUCUUGACAAGCUCAAGCCAUUGAUCGCCGACUCAAUCGAGAAUACAUCGAAAAAGUAUACCCACACCCAAUGGAAUGAACUUCUUGUUUCGUUGAAUGAGGAUAAUGUGGAUCUGGACAUCCAGAAGAAAUUACCCAUGGACGGAUUCUGGUUAGGGGAGAUGUCUCCAUUACGGCUUCCUUUAAAAGAACCAAACUAUUUUAUUUUGCGGAUAUACUUUAAAAUUGAACUGUGUUUGCGAGAACUUGUUGAACGAGAGAUCCAAGAUUUGGCAGAAUUAAGAGGGGAAAUAGAACAGGAAGAAGACAAUAGUAAUUCCACUGCACUAUCUUCGCAGAAAGUGACGUUUGCAAAGUAAUUCAACAUAAUAUAGACUUAAUAGAUAACCAAGAAUGUAAACAAGCGCGUAUUUUAG